UCAAAGGUUUGUCGCGUCGAAUUAUCAUUUAAAUUGUUAUAACAUGGACUCUAAUUUUAAUGAGUUCUGUGAUAUUGGCUCAGAUAAUGAUUCGACAUCUGAACAUGAAGAUGAAUCUGAAAAGUUUCAGUAUGUUGUUUUAUCAACUGAGCAAAUAAUGCAACAUAUGAUUGAAUGUAUACUAGAAGUUAACACUGUCUUCCAGAUUCCUACUGCGAUUGCCAGAAUUUUAUUAAAUCACUUUGAGUGGGACAAACAGAAACUCUUUGAAAGAUACUGUGAAAGGCGACGUAAAGUGUUGUUGGAUCAUGUUCAUGAAGGAUAUCAAGAAGGAUGGUGGGAAUGUACUGCUCCACCCUCAGAACAUCCUGAGCCUUCAACUCUGAGAAAAAUUUUAAAUACGUUUAAUUUGGGAAAUUAUUUAACCUGGCUUUGGGAUUACCUGUAGCAGAAAUUGCCAAACUUAAUCAGAAAUUAAAUAUUUUUUAUAGCCCAACCUUGAACACUGCCUGCUGAAAAUUAUUUGUCCGUCCAUGUAACUGUAAAAACUGUCCAAAUAAGUUAUGUUCAGCUAAAAAUAUACUUCUGUGAUUAAAAAAAGGCAAAACUGUUUGCAGUGUGAUUAAGUUUAUUAUUCAACAUUGCCUGUAACUUCUCCUAAGUGCAUGUGUGUUUCAAUGUGAAGACUACCUCAUGUGUUACUUGUGAAAAAGUCUUUCACCUACGCAUAAAAAAAAUAAGUUAUUUUCAUCAACACUGUCAUAGUCUUAUUUUGCCUUUCUGUGUAAGAGCUAUUAUGUAAGGGAAAAAAAUUUUGUUUCCUCUCUCUCAAAAAAAAGUAUUAAUAUUUUUUGUGAGAUCACUAACACUGACAUAUAAUUUUUUUUUUUUUUGUAUUUGUGUGUAAAUAUUUAAAAUGUGAUAGAGAUAACUGUUCCAUGCAUCAUCUGUAAACUAUUUUAUUACUUUUGUGAAAAAGAAAAAAAUAUACCUGAAGUUAUACAAUACAUGAAGGUCAUUCAACAUUGUUGCAGAUAAUAUUUUUUUUACAUGUUUAUAACUUUGUAAAUUAUCUCGUGUAUUACAAAAAAAAUCCAUCAAUGUGGAAAAAUAAUUUCAGUUUAAUUAUUAUCAAUACAGUGCCUGAGAUGAUUGUCUUAUAUCCGCGUAGAAGUGUCUUCUGCUAUCCGUGUGGAAUGUGAAAAUUGUCCAUUUAUAUUAUAUUAAAUAUUUUUAUCAUAUAUAUAUUACAUCUAUUAUGUAUUAUUAUCUAUAUAUAUUAUACUUAAUAUA